UUUAUUUCUCUAAUGGUAACGACAUUUACUCCUGAAACAGCAACAGGAACGACUCUCACACUAAAUCCAUUGCUCCAGGUUGACUGGUGACGGCACGAAGGACAGGGUCUUCUUCAUAUUGACUAGAGUUGGAACUUCAGAGGUGGUGUCCUAAACCGCAGAAUGGCAGCACAGCAGGGAGCUUCAACUAUGGCAAACAAGGGUCCAUCUUAUGGGAUGAGCCGCCAAGUGCAGGAUAAGAUUGAGCAGAAGUAUGACACUGAACUGGAGGCGCGUUUGGUGGAGUGGAUCAUGGCCCAGUGUGGGCCUGCGGUGGGAAAGCCAGAGGCCGGGAAACUGGGCUUCCAGACCUGGCUCAAAGAUGGAUGUGUUUUGUGUGAGCUCAUCAAUAGUCUGUGUAAGGAAAAGCCCGUAAAGAAGAUCCAGAGCUCCAGUAUGGCUUUCAAACAGAUGGAGCAGGUGUCACAGUUCCUUAACGCUGCGGAGCGAUACGGCGUCGUCAAAACCGACAUGUUUCAGACGGUAGAUCUGUGGGAGGGUGAGUAUGCCAACAGUCUCCAGCAAAUAAAUAUUCUUCAUAGACAUUCAGUUCCCAUAUCACGAUUAAAUAAUAUGGUUGAAUGAUUAUUAAUGUAUCAC